AGUGAAUUGCCCAUGGUUGGUCGGCUUUUUUGUGUUUUGAGUUUGUUGUACUUGAAAGGAUUAAAAUUUUGAGCAGAAAUUUUUGAAUUAUAUAAAUAUUUAUUGGUGUUCAUUUUUAAAACAGUAAUACAGACUAGAAUGUCUCGGAAAAAACCUAGAAUUGAUCUCGUAGAUACUCAUGUUGUUAGGAAGGAUGAUGCUUCUGAUAAAAAUCGCAAUGAGAUCGAUGACUUGAAAAGAAAAUCAAAGGAGUUUCAAGAACAUUCUUCUAACAAAGUGAAGACAGAAUAUGAAACUUCUGAAAAGAAAGGGCGUGUUGAUGUUGAUGAUUUUAAAAGGAAAAGCAGAGAACCUGAUGAUUCAUAUAAAAAGAAUAAAGUUGAAAAUAAUGGUGAAGAUGUAGAUAGAAAAAAAGAUAAAGAAAUUAUUAAUAACUCAGUGUUCUUGGAACCAACACCAGCACCAUCUGCUGGUACAAUAAAAUCCCUAAAUCCUUUUAAUGGAUUACCUCAUACUGCACAUUAUUACGAACUUUUUAAGAAGCGAAUAACAUUGCCUGUUUGGGAGUACAAACCAAAGUUCUUUGAGAUGUUGAAAAAGAACCAGAUUAUGGUACUUGUUGGUGAAACUGGCUCCGGCAAAACAACACAAAUUCCACAAUGGUGUGUUGAAUGGUUGCGAGAGCAAGGAUUGAGAAAAGGCGUGGCAUGUACUCAGCCCAGGAGAGUGGCAGCUAUGAGUGUUGCUGCUCGUGUUGCAGAAGAAAUGGAUGUCAUGCUGGGACAGGAGGUCGGAUACAGCAUUCGUUUUGAAGAUUGCUCAUCUAUGAAAACAAUACUCAAAUACAUGACAGAUGGUAUGUUGUUGAGGGAAGCCAUGAGUGAUCCUUUAUUAGAAGCCUAUGGUGUAAUCCUUCUUGAUGAAGCUCAUGAACGUACCUUGGCUACAGAUAUACUCAUGGGUGUUUUAAAACAGGUGGUUUCAAGGAGAGAUGAUAUGAAAAUUGUUGUUAUGAGUGCUACAUUAGAUGCUGGAAAAUUUCAGCAUUAUUUUGAUAAUGCACCAUUGAUGACAGUUCCUGGAAGGACACAUCCUGUUGAAAUAUUUUAUACUCCAGAACCUGAAAGAGACUAUCUAGAAGCUGCCAUUCGAACUGUUAUACAGAUUCACAUGUGUGAAGAAACAGAAGGAGAUAUUCUUUUGUUUUUGACUGGACAAGAAGAAAUUGAAGAAGCUUGCAAAAGAAUCAAGAGAGAACUUGAUUCUCUGGGGCCUGAAGUUGGUGAAUUGAAAUGCAUUCCUUUAUAUUCUACUCUUCCACCAAACCUGCAGCAGAAAAUUUUUGAACCACCUCCUCCUAAUAAACCAAAUGGUGCUAUAGGUCGAAAAGUAGUAGUCUCCACCAAUAUUGCUGAAACAUCUUUGACAAUUGAUGGUGUGGUUUUUGUGAUUGAUCCUGGAUUUGCUAAGCAAAAGGUAUAUAACCCAAGAAUUAGAGUGGAAUCCUUGCUUGUGUCUCCCAUUAGUAAAGCAAGUGCACAACAGAGGGCUGGUAGAGCCGGUAGAACAAGACCAGGAAAAUGUUUCAGGUUAUAUACUGAAAAGGCAUAUAAAACAGAAAUGCAGGACCAAACUUACCCUGAGAUUUUGCGAUCAAAUUUAGGCACUGUUGUACUUCAGCUUAAGAAACUUGGAAUUGAUGAUUUGGUACAUUUUGAUUUCAUGGAUCCUCCAGCUCCUGAAACACUCAUGAGAGCAUUAGAGUUGUUGAAUUAUUUGCAAAGUUUGAAUGAUGAAGGUGAUAUAACAGAUCUUGGAGCUGUCAUGGCAGAAUUUCCUCUGGAUCCUCAGCUUGCAAAAAUGUUGAUUUCAUCAUGUGACUACAAUUGCUCCAAUGAAAUACUCUCUAUAACAGCUAUGUUAUCAGUUCCACAGUGCUUUGUGAGACCAAAUGAAGCCAAGAAAGCAGCUGAUGAUGCCAAGAUGAGAUUUGCACACAUUGACGGUGACCACUUGACUUUGCUUAAUGUAUACCAUGCUUUCAAACAAAACCAUGAGGAUCCCCAGUGGUGCUACGACAACUUUGUGAAUUACCGUUCUCUGAAGAGUGCUGAUAACGUCCGACAACAGCUUUCCAGGAUCAUGGAUCGGUUCAGUUUGAAGAGGACAUCUACAGAAUUCAGCAGUAAAGAUUAUUAUAUAAAUAUUAGGAAAGCUUUGGUAGCUGGUUUCUUCAUGCAGGUUGCUCAUUUGGAACGAACUGGUCAUUAUCUCACUAUAAAAGACAACCAAGUAGUGCAGUUGCAUCCAUCAACUUGCUUGGACCACAAACCUGAAUGGGUUGUAUAUAAUGAAUUUGUGUUAACAACCAAAAAUUAUAUUCGUACAGUAACAGAUAUAAAACCAGAAUGGCUACUCAAAAUUGCAACAUCUUAUUAUGACAUCAGUAAUUUUCCAUCCUGUGAAGCCAAACGACAACUGGAAUUCCUUGCUAACAAGAUGCAAAGCCGUCAAUAUCAAGAAGGAUUUUAACUUUAAAUUGUUCAUAAAUGUUUUUUAUUGAUACUCAUUUCCAUAAACAUUUGAAAGAUUCGUAGCUGUCAUAAAAAUUUCCUUUUGUAUAUUACACCACACCAUCUAUUUUGGAUUCGUGAAAACCGAUAUGGGAACAUUUUGUGUAUUAUAUGGAAUCACAAUAAACUGUAUGUUCUUGUUUU